AUGGCCUUGGAGCCGGGCCAGGGAAUUGAAACUACCCCUGCUGCUGUGCAGAGUCCCAUCAUGAACCAGGCCAGCGCCACCUGCACACUACACUUCUACUACAACAUGUUUGGAGAAGACAUGGAGGAGCUGAAGGUGCUGCUGCACGACGGCUCCAGGACCACCGCACUGUGGUGGCUGUCUGGUAACCAUGGAGAUGAGUGGCAUCACGGUGAGGUAACGGUUGGUCGAAUCCCGGUGGCCUUCACCAUCCUGUUUGAAGCCUCGAGGACCUUCAACCGGCCCGGACACAUGGCCAUCGAUGACAUAGAUUUCACCAACUGCUCCCUGCCUGAGCCCCAGCCCUUGUGUCCAGAGAAUAUGUUUACGUGCAACAACAGUGUGUGUGUCGGGCUCAACCAAGUGUGUGACUUCAGCGAUGACUGUGGGGACCGGUCUGAUGAGAACAACUGUGAACAACAAGGUGUUUUGGAGCGCUGCAGCUUUGAACAAGGCCUGUGUUUCUGGGAGCAAAGUGACGUGGACACAGCAGGAGCUGAUUGGACGCAUCGCAAAGGAGAGGACGCCUGGCCCAAUCACGGGCCUCCGAGGGAUCACACCAAAAACUCUGAUGCAGGUCACUAUGUCAUCCCUGGGGCUGAGCUGCCUAAUCAGACGUCAGAGAUUCUCUCCAAAACUUUACGACCCAGCUCCAACUGCACUGUGAGAUUCUUCUUCUUCUUCAGCCUGGGCGACGCUGCAGGCCGACUGACAGCCCGAGGCCGCACACUUCGCUCUGGGAGAGACGACGCUGUGUUGUGGCUUGGAGAAAACUCCCAGAGCUACAGCUGGCAGAGAGCAGAGGUCACGCUCUCCACUUUGUCUAUUAGCAAGCUUGUCUUCAGAUAUGAGCGAGGUGAUGGGAUCAGGGGGAUGGUUGCGCUGGACGACAUCUCUUUCUCCAGGGAGUGUGAAUUUGACCCUGACAACAACAAACUGCCUGACACACCCCCCACCUCUGCCCCCCCCACACCCUGUCAGGGUAAUGAGUUCUUCUGUUGGCGGUCAGAUGUGUGUAUUCUGGCUUCUUUAAAGUGCGAUUAUCGUGCAGACUGCCCGCAGGGGGAGGACGAGGAUGGCUGUGGUGGGUGCACAUUUGAGAGUGACCAAUGCCUAUGGACGGACACCAGUGAAGGACAGAUGAUGUGGCGGAGACAGGAAGCCAGUAACAACACCGAGCCGCCGACUGAUCACACUACAGACACAGGCUACUACAUGAGUGUGAAUUUAAGUCAGGGGUCCACGCAGAGUGAAGCCCGCCUCCAGAGUCCCCCACUCCCCCCUGCAUCUCCCUUCUGCCAGAUUCUGUUUCACUUCCACAUCCGCGCAGAGAGUGCUGGGUCACUCAGAGUGCUUAUGCAGCAAGCUGAGGGGAGUGAAGCAAUCCUGUGGUCACGCAGUCAAAACACUGUCUCCCAUUGGACCCCAGAGCAUCUGCCCGUAGGCCUGAGCCCCCAGACUUAUAAGGUUUGGUUCAGUAGCGUGAAUAAAGUGACUCAGACGGAAACUACUGCUGGAGACCAGAUUGUUGCUGUGGAUAAUAUCUCUUUUAUAAACUGUGAAAAAUCCUACCAACCACCAGCUCUGUCUGCCUGUGGCUGCUCUUUCGAAGACGGGCUGUGUGUUUGGGUUCAGGGCGCUGAGGACGAGUUGGACUGGCUCAGCAGGACGGGUCCAACCGAGACCCCCAACACCGGGCCUACAGGAGACCACUCUACCAGCACAGGGAAGUUCCUUUUCAUCGAGAGCUCAGCACCAAGUGUGAAGGGAGAUAAGGCCCAGCUGAAGUCUCUGCUGCUGCCGCCUGCUGGUGGAAAAGGAUACUGUUUCACAUUUUGGUACCACAUGUUCGGAGCUACUGUGGGAUCCUUGAAGAUGCUCCUACAAACAGCUGAUCCCUUGAAGAGAACAUUGGUGUGGCAAAAAUCAGGAAAUCAGGGGGACGAGUGGCGGCUGGCGAGGAGUCAUGUGACCUUGCAGGAAGUCCACCAAGUACUUCUCGAGGCGACGGUGGGGGGGGAGGCGGGAGACAUAGCCAUCGAUGACAUCUCCCUCAUCAGUGGACCAUGUCCCGCCUCUGAUGUGUGUGACUUUGAGGAGGGCAGCUGUGACUGGCAGCAGCAGAGCGACGAUGACUCGGACUGGGUCCGAGAGACGGGCUCCACACACAACCCCCACACCGGGCCGGACAGCGACCACACCACCAACACCCCCACCGGACAUUACUACUUCCUGUCCUCCUCUACAGACGACCUCCAGGGACAGACAGCUAAAAUGUCUUCACCUCUGUACCCUGCAGGUAAAGGGGUCUGUGUGCAGCUGUGGUACCACAUGUACGGCAGAGGAGUGGGCAUGCUGAAUGUUUACCAGCAGAGCGAAGAAGGGAAGGAAGCUCUGAUUUUCUCUCAGUCAGGAGACCAGGGCCGGCUGUGGAGGUUCGCUCAGGCGUCACUGCUGCCCCGGGUGCAGCCUUACAGGAUCGUGGUAGAAGGUGUGAAGUCCGGCCCCACGCAGGAGGGGGACCUGGCCUUUGACGAUGUGCAUCUGACGGACGCUCAGUGUCCUCCUCCGGGACAUUGUGACUUUGAAAUCAACACGUGCAGCUGGAGCAACCUGGGAGGGGACGUGGACCAGGAGGACUGGCUCCGAGGCAGGGGGGCCUCUACAAACCCCAGCACCGGACCCAGUGUGGACCACACCACCAACUCAAUACACGGUUACUAUCUGUAUGUGGAUAACUCAGUGGGCGAGUGGGGGGACAAUUCCUUCCUGAUCAGCGACGUCUUCCAGCCGGCCACUAGAGGUCACUGUCUCACAUUCUGGUACCACAUGUUUGGCAGCCACAUUGGGACUCUCAGAGUUUACACAAACGACAGAACAAUGCAUUCAGGUGGCAACGAAGAAGGGAUGCUGAAGUGGAUUGAGACAGGAAACAAGGGAGACAGGUGGAAGGAGGCCAGUUUGACUGUGAAACAUAAUGAGGCAUUCUGGUUUGUGUUUGUGUAUCAGCGGGGGAUGAAUCCAGGAGGGGACGUUGCUCUUGAUGACAUCAGCGUCCGCCCUGGCGGCUGCUACUCAGAGCCCCCCAUCGGCCCUCCGGAUGAUGAUAAUGACAUGAUGUCGGCAGGUCUGGCUGUCGGUCUGACUCUGCUGGCUGGAGUCAUCAUCUCCAUCUUCCUCGUAGUGCUGAACAAGAACAGGCGGUGUAACACAAUGAAUCAGCCGAUGAUUUUAAAUGAAGACACAAUUGACCAGGACGCUGGGUUUGACCUCUUUGACUGCAAAAUACAAGGCACAGAACAUGGAACUCAAUCAGACCUUUCCUUCUAUAACAAUCUGUAUGACCCCUCGUCAAAUGAAACUGACACCACAGUGACUGCAUCUGAUGCCUAGUCCAGAUCAAUAACUCCAUGAAUAAGGAGUCGAACGAGCAGUGAUGAGUUGAUGAGAAGUCAACAAGCUCUGAGUAAAAUAUGUUUUGAAAAGCUUUAAGUGUUAUUAUAUUGUUCAUUGUGACGAUGAUUUUUUUCUUUACUUCUGAAACUGGAAAUACAAUUCUCUGUUUUGUAAGAAUGUUUACAUAGAUA